UCACUACCAUCUUAAUUUCUCUAUCUGCUUCUUAAUUUUCUUCUAAUUCUCCUCUAAUUUACAAUGGGUUUCCCUCAUAUCUCUUUCUUCCAUCUGUUUUCCACUUUUCUUCUCAUGAAGAUAACUGUGGGAGAUGCAGCAACGUGCAGUGACUGCUUCACUCAUUCUCGAGCAGCUUACUACCCCAAUUCUGAUGAACAAGGAACAGAAACCGGGGCAUGCGGUUUUGGUACCUUCGGAGCAACCAUCAACGGCGGGGAUGUAUCAGCUGCAUCUGAUCUCUAUCGUGAUGGCGUAGGUUGCGGUGCUUGCUAUCAGGUGAGGUGCACCAACAGUAACUUGUGCUCAGACAAAGGGGUAACCGUAGUUAUAACUGACAAUGGUGCGAGUGAUCGAACCGACUUUAUUCUGAGCAGGCGAGCCUUUGGACGAAUGGCUCAGACUACAGAUGGUGCUGCGUCUCUUCUAGCCUUUGGCGUGGUUGAUAUCGAAUAUAGACGUGUGUCCUGUAGCUACCCAAGCAAGAAUAUAACAAUCAAGAUAGAUGAGAACAGUAACUACCCUCAUUACCUGGCUUUUGUGAUAUGGUAUCAACAAGGCAAAAAGGACAUCACUGCCGUCCAGCUUUGUGAGACACAAAGUUUCGGGUGCAAGCUAUUGGAUAGGAGUUAUGGAGCAGUAUGGACAACUUCCUCACCCCCGAGUGGAUCCCUAUCAAUAAGGAUGCUUUUUAGUGAUGAUGAUGAUGAGACUUGGGUUGUUCCGGUUAACGACAUACCCCAAGAUUGGACACCGGGGAAUACAUAUGAUUCCGGUGUACAAGUGAACUUAUAGCCGAACAGACAGGACUCUUAUGUUGAUUGGAAUGCAUUCAUACCACGGGAAUAACCCCCAUGUCGCUUCAUAAAUUGUUCUUUUCACACAGCCUCUGUUUAUUUUGAUUUAGAUAGUUUUAGAAUAAACUUUGACAAGUUUUUCAAUGUAAUCAUUAUAUCGUUGACGAAUAAUAUCAAAAAUAGGUCUUAGUAUAGCUUUGAAUUGGUUCGAGUAUAGUGGUCAAUUUGGAAAAUACAGUAACAAUUUUCAUUGUA